UAAAAUGACAAUAGUGAGAGACGGCUGCUCUGUUCCACAUUCCAAGCCCACGGUAAGGCUGGGAAAUGGCACCUUAUCUGUGGGAUUGGAUGUUGGAGUGGGGGAAGGGAAACGGGAGAGGUGCACCUGAGGUGAAUUUGACUCUCACACGGGACGAAGCUAAUGCACAUUCCUCGGCACCCCGAACGAGGUUCACUUGGCCAGGGACACAGAAGCUCCAUAGAAGCAAGACGCUUGGUGUCAGCCUCAGGUCAAGAGGAAAAAGAUGCCAAGCCUCUCCCUCGAAUUAACAGACACUCCAUUUUCUGGAUCGUGGCAUCUGUAAGUGUGACCUACUACGUGGAUUUCCUCCACAACAUCAUGGAGAAUGAUGAUAUCAAAAGUUGGUGGUUCAAUGUGGGACUGGUACUGCUUGGGAUCUGCCUGUCUCUGGCUAUGUUUUGUAUUAUCUACCUGGAGUGGUUCAAAGGCAUCCAGCACUACGACCAAGAGUAUCCCGCCAUUCCUCCCAUCACCACUGCAGCCUUUAUUGGUGCAUCUUGCAGUUUUAACAUAGCACUGUGGCCGGUGUGGUCCUUCUUCACUCCACUCAUCCUCUUCACUCAGUUCAUGGGUGUGGUCAUGUUCAUCUCUUUGCUUGGAUGAAUGUGACGGCUCCGGAAUCCCAACUUAUUAGCUAUGAUGUCGAAUUUUGUAUGCAACAGUUUUUCUCCUUUGCUUACAAAUAUUUCUUACAAAGCGCUCAAAUUGCCAACUGCAUUGACACAUUUCCUCAAACCUCAGCACUGGUAUCAGUACAGUAAACCCACCUUCCAUAAACUUUCGACACUUUAAACCAUAUCAAACACCACCACCUUAUCUUCUCCCUUAUCAUUAUAGUAUAUAUUCCCAUCAAACCACACAUAUACAGUACAUCUCCCUUUUCAAAUGUAGCUGAGAAAACAUGCUCUCAGCACAGCACUUAACUUUUAAAACAACUGUCAAAAUGUCUAUGAGGGAAACAUUUAGUAAAUAUUUAAGAUGCUGAUCUUCAUCAGCUUCAAAUUCAAGUGUUCUCUGAAUAGAAAAAAAGGCCAAAAGUAUAAUAUAUUAUUACCAUAGUAAAAUAUAUAAUACAAUUUAUGCAUUAAAAAUGACAAUAACACAAGAUAAAUGCUUAUUGGGACGCACUGCUGUCUCAGUUCCUUGUUCCAGUCUGAUCUUUGUCAUGUUAAUUUGGUGUUUAAGAAUUCUCUCUAUGGCUUUUAUACUCAGCUCGUGUAUAAUUGAAAAUAUUUAAUUAUCUGUAAGAAUUUCUUUCCUUGUUAUGACAGGACCUGCCUGUUUAAUAUUCUGUGCUGUACUACAGAUUCUUAAUGUCAUUAUAUGGUGAAAAUGUUCACCCUUCGAAAAGUUUAGAUGACCAAGGCCCCUGUAUAUCAGCUGAGAUUUGGCUGGACACAAUGACCAGCGUCUCUUAAGCUGAGACCAUGAUACACCACAUAGUCAACAAUAGUGUUCUAAACGUCAUUUGAAACUAUCUAACUUGUUUUUCUCCUCUGCUGUGCUCUUUCCUCUCCGUCUGUCACACCAUUCCUUGUUUGGUUACAGUAGGCCUACACCUGCAGCAUAUUUUAUUUACUGUAGUUGUGAAGAUAUCUGAUCUCUCCGCCAAGACAACACAGCCAGUUGGUAUUAAUGAUUUUCGACAGGUCAGAUACUGAGGUAGCCUUGCUGUGGUGCUGAUGUGCUGAGAGUAUUAGCAUCUGAGUUUAGGAUUUGUCAUUGCUGUGUUUUCCCAAAGAAAAUGUGUAAAUAACUAAUGAAAACUAUUCUAAGAAGGUUUUGCAGUCAGAGAGAAAUGAAUGUUUUGAGAAAAAGGGCAUUUUCACAGCAGACCUUUCCCAUUAAGCCAUGACGAUGAGCAGCACACACGAUAGCAGGGCUUUAAAACUGAAGCAGCCAAAGAGAAUUCAGCCAUUAUUAAAAGUUAUUAUUUACGCCUGUGCAUGUCCUACUGUAACAUGUCAAAAGGCUCAUUGUGUUUAUAUGUAGAAAUAUGUGUGUAAGCAAUGGAGAAAAACUGCAAGAAGUGUCUCACCACUUAAAACUAUGUAAUGAAACCAACAGAGUUUUAAAUUUAUUUUUAUUUUUUUUCUCAAGUUUGUGCUAAAGAAUGUGAAGACUUCAGCUUAUAUUCUGUAAAAUGUUUUUUCUUUAAUAAACUUUUAUAAUGACGUUU